AUGAUUUGCUUUACUAGAUUCUUGUCAUAGGCAUUUCAAGUGGCUUAUAGAUAGUUGCUUAAUUCGCAGACUGCAUACAUGUGCCUGAUUUACGCGAAAAGAUACGAUUCGUCACGUUCUACUCAUAAACACAAUUUUUGGAUCCUUCCUUCUCUGUCCUUACCAGCAUUAAGCAACCAAGAUAAGAUUCGCUCAACUGACUGAUUGACCCAUAUUGUUUCCCGCCGCCAUAGGCCUUUUUAAGUGGCCACAGAUAGUUGGUUUGUUCUUAAAUUACACAAAUUUCGGAUCUGGGCGAACAGAUAAAGCGAAGUUGGCCCACUUUAUCGCUCUGCAGUCUUCGUUUUCGCUUCUAUCUCUAAUCUUUGUCAGCAGAGCACCUUCCCUGCAACUAACUGAAAUGAAUGAUAACUGCUGCCCACACAUUCACACAUUUCGCACUGUCGGUUUGCAGUAAUAACCCCGUCGACUGACGGCCGCUUGACCAUUCGUCUGCCCACGCUGGAGUGGAUCGGUUCGUUCCCUUUCAAACUGCAGCCAGGCUCUUCUAAGUCCCAGUCCAGCAAGUGCGAAUCUAACAAGUGGCCGCUAAUUAAUCAUCAACAACGUGUAUUUCAAAUCAAAACUCCCACCUAGUGUUAGCCAGCUGUAAAGUGCUUUUCAGAUCUUGUCGGCAUGUGCGAUAAUGAAGAUGAUCUCUACCGGGAACGCCUGCCAAAUGUCUGCGGAGCAGUGGGCUCAAAGGCCCGAAGUUGCUGCAGCAUGCGGUCCGUUCACAGAUAUCUGCCCGUCACCGAUUGGCUGCCCAAGUACCAGUGGAACUUCCUGGCCAUGGAUCUGGUGGCAGGUCUGACGGUGGGCCUCACAGCCGUACCACAGGCCAUAGCCUACGGGGCUGUGGCCAAUUUGCCACCCGCCUACGGACUCUACUCAGCUUUUAUGGGUGGUUUCGUGUAUAUACUGCUGGGAACCUGCAAAGACAUCACAGUGGGGCCCACUGCCAUCAUGUCGUUAAUGGUACAGCCGUAUGUGGAUGGCAAUCCAGCGUAUGCGGUGCUCCUCUGCUUCCUGUCCGGCUGCAUUAUCACCAUAAUGGGUUUGCUCAAUCUGGGAGUGCUCAUGCGGUUUAUUUCGGUGCCAGUGACAACGGGUUUUACGCUGGCAGCAGCCCUAACCAUUGCCACCGGACAGGUUAAUAGCUUGUUUGGCAUUAGCAGUAGUGCCAAUGGGUUCCUAAACACCUGGAUACACUUCUUUAGCCACAUAACACACGUGCGUCGAAAUGAUGCCAUCCUGGGCUGCAGCACUUUAGUUCUCUUGCUUCUAAUGAGGCAACUCAAAGACCUGCCUUUUGGCAUCAAGAGCGUGUGGAAGUAUAUUUCUCUAGCUCGCAAUGCUGUGGCAGUGUUAAUUGGAAUCCUGCUGUGCUACCUUUUGAAAAAAGACGGUAAACUGCCCUUUCUAGUCAGCGGUAGCAUCACACCGGGCUUACCGCCAUUUAAACCUCCACCUUUUCACACGGAGGACACAACCACCGGGGAAAUACUGAACUUUGGCGACAUGGUAUCCCACAUUGGAUCUGGUCUGGCAACCAUACCACUGUUAUCUAUACUGGAGAGCAUAGCUGUGGCCAAAGCUUUUUCCAAGGGAAAGAUAGUGGAUGCAUCGCAGGAGAUGAUUGCCCUGGGCGUCAGCAACAUUCUCAGCAGUUUCUUCUCGUCCAUGCCCAUCACGGGAUCCUUUAGCAGGACAGCUAUCAACAAUGCCAGUGGAGUGAGGACACCGCUGGGUGGAGCUUUUACCGGGGCCCUUGUUUUAAUGACCCUGGCCUUUCUCACAUCCACAUUUGCCUACAUUCCCAAAGCGACCUUGGCAGCUAUUAUCAUAGCAGCCAUGUUCUUUAUGGUGGAGUACGAGACCAUUGGCGAGAUUUGGCGGGCAAAAAAGCGCGAUAUGCUGCCUUUUUUAGUCACCGUGCUGAGCUGUGUUUUCUGGACAUUGGAGUUUGGAAUGGUAGUGGGCAUCGCCUUUAAUGCACUCUUUUUGCUCUAUAAGAGCAUGAAGCCGCAGUUUCAUUUGGAGACCCAAAAGUUCAAUGGCAUCGAGGUGACCAUGGCCGAUCUCAAGGGGAGUGUGGAUUACGCGGCAGCCGAGUACUUGAAGAUGUCAAUUGUGUCUCACGUGACGGAAAGAAAUAGCGUGGGCGGUACUGCCAUCACAUUGGUAGUCAUUAAGGGGCACGAGAUCGCCUCAAUUGAUACGACCGUGGCUUUGAACCUCAAAUCUCUGCGCGAAGAUCUUGCCCUGCUGAAGUGCGACAUGAUCUGCUGGAACUGGAGCAUCCCGGCGGCGGGAGUGGUUUGCCGAAUGGAUAGGAAGCUGCGCAGUAUGUUUAAGUACUCGAAAAGCUUUCCCGACCUAAUGCAAACAAUGACGAACGGCGAGCCGGCAGCCGUUUCGUGUAUUGCCGUGGACUUGAGUCAAUAAAGAGUUCUCUUUUGUCUUGCCAUA